AAGAAAGUUAAAAAAAUAAAAAAUAGUAGAAACCGCCUCCAAUUGGAUGCACCAUAUAAGGACCUUUUAACUCAACGGUCUCCGGUAACACGAUCAUCUUCCGGCCAGUCUACUCGACGGAACCACCACAACCGCACCUUUGGUAAUACCUUCUCCGUCGGACUCAUGCCUAAGGUGAAGACGAAUCGGGUCAAGUACCCGGAGGGUUGGGAACUCGUGGAGCCGACUCUUAAUGAAUUGCAGGCUAAGAUGAGAGAAGCUGAGAAUGAUCCACAUGACGGAAAGAGAAAAUGUGAGGCUUUGUGGCCAAUCUUUAAAAUUGCACACCAGAAGAGCCGCUACAUCUUUGAUCUUUAUCAUCGUAGGAAAGAAAUUUCGGCUGAGCUGUAUGAAUUUUGCUUGGAUCAGGGGUAUGCUGAUCGUAAUAUCAUUGCCAAAUGGAAAAAGCCCGGGUAUGAACGACUUUGUUGUUUAAGAUGCAUUCAACCACGCGAUCACAACUUCAACACGACGUGUGUUUGUCGAGUACCCAAACAUCUGAGAGAAGAAAAGGUGAUCGAGUGUGUGCAUUGCGGUUGCAAGGGAUGUGCAAGUGGAGAUUGAUCAUCAUUUCAAUUUCUAGUGCUCUUGCUUUUGUUAUAUGCAAACCAUCACUUGUUAAACAUGUAUUUGAAUUGAAAGUCUAGUUCUCUUGUUUUUGUUAUUCUAGUUCUCUAGCCAAUGUUAUGUACUCUUGAUGUUUUCUCUUAGUUGGACCUUCAAAGACUUAGGGGUUGUUUGGUA